CAGAUGUCUUAUUCCUGGUCACACAAAUAACUAGAGCUAGUAGCUGUAAGGUUUUGUCUACUUAAUGGUUUUCAUGCAUGGAGCAGCCAAGAAAGAGAAGGAUGGAUCGGAUUACCAUAUUUCUCCUGGCAGCUACUCUCGCUUUGUCUGCUGCUGUUAGAGGCGGCUGCGAUGCUAAUUACAGUAGAAACGAUUUCCCUCACGAUUUCGCUUUCGGAUCCGCCAUUUCUGCUUAUCAGUGGGAAGGAGCUUUUGAUCAAGACGGGAAAAAGCCUAGCGUCUGGGAUACUUUUGUUCACUCUCGUAACGUAGAUAAUGGAGACAUAGCGUGUGAUGGGUAUCACAAGUACAAGGAGGAUGUGCAGCUGAUGGUGAAAACUGGCUUAGAUGCAAUCAGAUUCUCCAUCUCUUGGUCUAGGCUUAUACCCAAUGGAAGAGGCCCUGUUAACCCAAAAGGUCUACUGUUCUACAAGAACUUCAUCCAUGAACUUGUAACCCACGGAAUUCAACCACAUGUUACACUUUACCACUGCGAUCAUCCUCAGUCUCUCGAGGAUGAAUAUGGAGGAUGGCUUGACCGCAGAAUUAUCAAAGACUUCACUGCUUAUGCAGACGUGUGCUUCAGAGAGUUUGGAAACCACGUCAAAUUCUGGACCACAAUCAACGAGGCUAAUAUAUUCACCAUUGGAGGUUACGACGGUGGGGGUAUACCACCUGGUCGUUGUUCUAGCUGCUUGUCAGGUAACUCUUCCACUGAACCAUAUAUAGUAGCCCAUAACUUGCUGCUUGCGCACGCCUCUGCUUCAAGGCUCUACAAGCAAAAGUACAAGGGUACGCAAGGAGGUUCUGUAGGCUUCAGCAUAUUUGCAAUUGGAUUUAGACCUGGUACGGACUCCCAGGAUGAUGAAAUGGCAAUUCAAAGAUUCAAAGAUUUCUUCUUCGGCUGGAUGCUGGGGCCUCUUACAUAUGGAGACUAUCCGGAUGUAAUGAAAAGAACCAUUGGAACAAGACUGCCUGUUUUCACAGAGGAAGAAUCAGAACAAGUUAAAGGCUCAUCUGACUUUGUAGGAAUCAUUCACUAUCUUGCGGCUUCUGUCUCAGACGCCCAAUCCAAACCUUUUUUUCCAGGAGACUCCAGAUUCUUCGCAGACAUGGGCGUAUUGUUGACUUACGAUGGGAAUUUCACAGCCUUUGAGUAUGCUGUUGCUCCAUGGGCUAUGGAAGGUGUUCUGGAGUAUGUAAAGCAGAGCUAUGGCAAUCCUCCUGUCUACAUUCUUGAGAAUGGUAAACCGAUGAAGCAAGAUUUGCAGCUGCAAGAGAAGGACACACCAAGGAUUGAGUUCUUAAAUGCUUACAUGGGUGCUGUCCUCAAAGCCGUUAGGAAUGGAUCAGACACUAGAGGCUACUUCGUGUGGUCAUUUAUGGAUCUGUAUGAGUUACUGAGCGGGUACGAGUUUAGUUUCGGACUUUACUCUGUGAAUUUCAGUGAUCCUCAACGCAAGAGAUCUCCAAAACUCUCUGCACAUUGGUACUCUGCUUUUCUCAAGGGCAACACCAACUUUCUUGAUUCUCAAGGCAUCAUACAAUUGCAGAGCAACUCGUCUUCUUCCUCGUAGUUAUCUAUUUAUUUAACUUAUUGAAUAAAGAUUUAAGUAGCGAAUAAGCUGAUUAAAUCGGAAUGUGGUUUCACAUUUACAUAAACUCUGCUGUUUUAUUGCACACAAAACGACCCAACAAACACACACACAAACAGAAGAAAGUGGUAAGAAACAGGAAAGAGUGGGAAAAGACAAUACAAUACUAACACAAAACACAGAGGUACAAUCAUUUUAUUUGAGACAAAACCACCGACAAGAGCCUUGUCCUUACUGUUUCUGGAGGUCAACGACCUUAGCCCAAGCAGGCCUGGCAGUGAUCUUCUUGACCCACUCGCUAACCUUAGGGCGAGACUCAAAGAGGGCCUUGGAGUCGGUACCCAUCAAGUAGUGGAUGACAGGGAGGUGGUUGAGAUCAGCCAAAGUGAAGCAAUCACAAGCGAGGAACUCAGAUUUCUCGAGCCUUGCCUCGUAGAUAUCCAAGACCUUGACGAGCUUGCCUUCGAGCUCUUGGACAGCGGCUGGGUCAGUGGUCAUGCCAAACAUGCCUUUGAAGACACGCUCGAAGGCAAUCUUGGAGGCGAUAGGGUCAAACUGUUGACCUUCUACUUGGAGCCAGACUUUGAUGAGUGCCUUGACUUUCUUGCAGCCUGGGCAGAGAAGCUUCUCACCUUUCUCACUGUAUUCAUCAGCUAUGUACUCUGAGAUGGCUCGAGACUCUUCCAACCAAAAAAAAAAGAAAAUAAUAAUAAAAUCAGCAAUCAUUGAUGGAUUAACAACUAACCAAACAACAACAAGAAACAAAACUUACCGAAUAGCGUUAAGUCACCGUCU